GCGGGGCUCGCGGUGAGCAGUGUCGUCCGGCUGCGCGAUGCAUUGUGGGCGCGGCUGAGGAAGUAAAAUGGCGGACCUGGCGAACGAAGAAAAACCUGCCAUUGCCCCACCUGUCUUUGUAUUUCAGAAGGAUAAAGCACAGAAGUCCCCUGCAGAGCAAAAAGCUUUGUCGGAUUCAGGCGAGGACCCCCAGGGAGAGGUUGAGCCCCCCUACCAUGGUCUGGGUCACACAGAACCAGCUGGUGAGUGCGACUCUGAGCACCCUGCUCCUGCUGUGGUCUCAGUCAGUGCUACCCUGAGUCCUGCUUCUGAAGCCCAGCUUGCUCCUAUUCAACAAGAACUGGCAGGGAGAUCUGCAGAUGGAUCAAGUCCAGAAGAUGGAGAUGAAUCUGAUCGAGAAGAUGGAAGCUACUGCCCACCUGUAAAACGUGAGAGAACUUCAUCUUUGACUCAGUUCCCUCCUUCUCAGUCAGUAACAAAGAACAAUGUCUUUAUGCCAUCAAGCCUUUGUGAACCCUCUACGGGCAAUUCUGACUCAGAACCAGAGGAAAAGAGCAGUGGAUUCCGGCUGAAGCCACCAAUACUUAUCCAUGGUCAGGCACCUAGUGCAGGUCUCCCUAGCCAGAAACCGAAGGAACAGCAGCGAAGUGUGCUCCGUCCAGCAGUACUACAGGCACCGCAGCCAAAAGCUUUCUCACAGAUGGUUCUCAGCAGUGGCACCAAUGGUGUAAAUAUCCCUCCAGAUUCUGCAGCCACAUCACAAUCACCAAGUGAUGCAACAUUGAAAAGUUCAGACUCUGAAGACAAGGCAGCAGAAUGUCAGAAAAAGGAAACCAACAAUACUUCAGAUGAUGACAGCUCUGAGAAGGCUGAACUAAAUGCACAGCAAGCAUUUGUUUUUGGGCAAAAUUUACGAGAUAGAGUUAAGCUAGGAGAUGAAAGCAAUGAAACUGCUGAUGUGCCGAAUGCUGGCUUUCUGACAUCAGAUAUACCCCCUGCAACUAACUAUUUUCUGCAGUACAUCAGUUCCAGUGUAGAGAACUCUACCAAUAGUGCAGAUGCGUCUAGCAACAAGUUUGUUUUUGGACAGAACAUGAGUGAACGGGUCCUAAGUCCACCAAAAUCAAAUGAAGGUAGUACAGAGAGUAAUAAGGAGAAUGCUGCUACAGAGUCUGGGUCUGAAUCGUCUUCUCAGGAGGCCACGCCAGAAAAAGCUAAUAAUAUUUCAGAAUCACUGGCAGAGUCUGCAGCAGCCUAUACUAAAGCAACAGCAAGGAAGUGUUUAUUAGCGAAGGUAGAAGUGAUUACUGGGGAGGAAGCUGAAAGUAACGUGUUACAGAUUCAGUGCAAGCUGUUUGUAUUUGAUAAAAGCUCUCAGUCUUGGGUGGAAAGAGGUCGAGGGCUCCUGAGACUCAAUGAUAUGGCUUCAACAGAUGAUGGAACAUUACAGUCUCGACUGGUGAUGAGGACUCAGGGGAGUCUCAGGUUAAUCUUAAAUACCAAGCUCUGGGCUCAGAUGCAGAUCGAUAAAGCCAGUGAGAAGAGUAUCCGGAUCACCGCCAUGGAUACAGAGGACCAAGGAGUUAAAGUUUUUCUUAUAUCAGCAAGCUCUAAAGAUACAGGGCAGUUGUAUGCUGCAUUGCACCAUCGGAUCUUGGCCUUGCGCAGUAGAGUGGAACAAGAGCAAGAAGUCAAGAAUGUAGCACCUGAGCCAGAGGUAACGCAGUCAAAUGAGGAAGACAGUGAUGAUGAUGAUGUCAUUGCACCUUCAGGAUCAGUUGGAAGUGGUCCUAACGAUGAAGGUGAUGGGCAGAACGUUGGCAGCACAUAGCAGAUGUGAGCCAAUCUGCUUGCAAGGCUGCUAUGAACACCAUCUUGCAGGCAUCUCUGGAUACCCCAGGCCAGCGAUUAUUUCAGGCAGUUUUGAAAGCUCCAGGACUUAAGAACUGUGCAUCUCUUUUCUGUUUGUUUGGGUUUUUGGUCUGGAUCAGUAGAUUCCACAGAAAAAAUAGCAGACUUGGAAACUACCUGAAUGUGGUUUGGGACGUUGAAAGCUCAUCAUAUUGAUGAGCAAAAAAAAAAAAAAAAUCCAACCCCAAAACAACAAAAACACAAAAUGCAACCACCCCCAACCAUUUCCCCUCUUCCUUGUAAUUAAAAUGGCACAUUACAGCUUGUCACAGCUUUUCAUUGGGAACUUUUGGCUGUUUCUUCAGUAGUUCAUGUCUUGCACGUCUCCAAGAUAGAACUUUUUGACACGGUUCCAAAUUGAAUUCUGCUUUUAUAACCCCUACUCCCCUUUACGCAGAGAAACCCGGUCCUCACCAGCUCCUAUGCUCACUGGCUGCCCCUUUGGGUUCCUUUAUUUUGUUUUUUGGAUUGUAGAUGGGGCAGGUUAUGUUUUUACCUUUUAAUCCCAACAUAGGUUGUGGAUGUGGACACCAUUGUUUGCUGUCUAGUGGGUUUGUAAACAGAAAGAAACAAAAUGUUGUUGUUCACCAGAAAAGCUUUUUUAAUGCGAUAAGAGACUUUAAAGUCUGCAGGACGUUUUGCUAACUCCUUUUUUCUUCCCACUUCAUUAUUAUUUUUUGGGGAUUUAUAUUGUGGUGAGACUUUUUUAUUUUAGUUUUUCAAUAAGAUGCUCUUGUGUGUUGAAAAAGUGAAACUAUUGUUUUGUACUGUUCUUUUCUGUUACUAUUUAAGGGAGAGCUAAGCCACUAUAUAUAAUAGAUGUUGCAUACAAUUUUUCUUAGAAAAUUUUGUUUCUGUGGCUACAGUAAAGUGCAGGAGGCAUACAGGUUACACCUUCAGAAAAGUUAAUGACAAAACAGCUGUUAGCCCUUGGAAGAAUAAAAUAGGCUCAUGUAAUGAGUGCUGCCACCCAUUAAAAUAAAUCUGUAUAAUAAAGCAGCUCUCAUUUAAUGGCUUGAUUCAACAAGCCAUUUAAGCACUUGUGUGACUUAACUGUAUGUGAAUAAUCUUACAAUAAUCUUACUGAAGUCAAUGCAACUCUUCAUGCUUAAAGUUGAAGACAUUUUUUUAAAUCUUGCUGAAUUAAUGGCCUUAAAUAGAAAGUUUAACUUCUAGACCCUUCCUGUCCCUGUUCCAUUUUCUGAAGUCUUGCAGCAUGAAGAAAAAGGUAAUACUCCAGCCUUGAGUAGUUUGGGCUGAAGGUUACUGUAUUCUGUUCCACCACAAAUAAAAGCAAAAAUGUGGUUUUUUUGUGUGUAAUUCUGAAGUACUCCUACUGUAACCAUAACUCUUUUUUUUUUUUUCUCCUUUGGAUGUUUUUUAAUCAUUUGAGCCUUUUGUGUGAAAGUUGAGUUUUAUUUUCUUAUUGAAACAUAUGGUAUGUUCUUCUUGUCCAGCAAGGUUGGAUUUUGGUAGUCACCAGGUCACUUUCACUUUAAAUUCCCCAAAUUGUUCUAUUUCCUUUAUAAAUAGUUUGCUGAUAGAUAAUUUCUGACUUGCAUGCUUGCUCUUUUGUAGGUUAAGGAUCUAAAACGCAUCACCUAAAAGAAAAUGAAAGGGGAAGAAGCAUUUGACGUAGCAUGAAUUGAAAACAGAAACCCCGGUUAUAGCACAAAGUCAACUUUGAAAUUUAGCAUUCAAAUAGCAAAACAGUCCAUAUUGCCUCUAUUUUAAUGAAACACUUUUCACUGGCAGUCAAGAACAAGUCUUCCCCUAUUUUCUGUUGUUAACCAUCACUGAAGACUGAUGCUGUUGGGGCAGAGGGUGCUUUCCCUUUUCCUGAUAGCCAGUUGAAGGAACAUCUGUGAUUUCUUUUCUGGCAGUUGAAAAGGGCUGUGCCAGUGCAUCUUGAUCUCUUUGGAUUGUCUGCUCAUGCCUUCUUGCAUUUGGUUUUCUUUUUUCCUCCUUAGGGUUAUGGCGGUUCUUACCAAUGAACAGACCAGUUGCUGAACCCCCUACUCUUGCCAUGCUUCAACAGGAACAUGGCAGAUUCCUUAGUAUCCACCACACAAUUGUUUCUGCAUCACAAGGCACUUUCAAGUAAGUGAUCUGCAUUUUGGAUCUGGGACCUUUUUACAUUGUUGAGAUAUUCAGAUUUAAACUACUCUUUUCAAAAACCCUUGCACCGUAAAGCUGUUUCUUGUCAGCAGCUUGUUCAUAAGGAAAAUUAGUAAGGUGUCUUGGCCCGCACGGCCUACUUCUGCAAAAACAGGCAUUAUUUCCUGGUCCCAGGCUCUAUGGUGUCCCUGCUGAGUCUCACUUUGAAGUGUUUUACCUAAAAUGCAAUUGAUGGUGCAUGAAGAUUCAGAAAUAUUGAGUAAGCAUGCUUGCUUUGGGGUUUGAUGGUACACAAUCACCUACAGCUUUCUAAAAAUUUUGGCAACUAUUUACUGAUGCAGAUUUUAUUUUUAGCUAGAAGCUUUGCGUAAAUGUUUAUAGUGAAGGCAGAAAUAUUGCUGUGCAUCCCGACAGAAUUGUGUUGCUGUGCAUCCCAACAGAAUUGGCAAUGGGUUGAGUUCAGGCUCUGCCCAGCAAGAUACCAAAGGUAGCCAAAGCAAAACCCUGACUUAGCUCUCUGCUUUAAGCCUUAGUAAGCCAGUGACAGGCAAAACCAGAUAAUGCCCAUGUGUCUCAAAAGAUAUAUGUAAGACUGUCAUAUCAAAAUGUACAUGGGAAUUACAUUAAAACCUGUACAUGGGAAUUACAUUAAAACCUGUGUCAGCAAGCAAGCAAACAAAACACCCUGAGCCCCGCGUUGUGUUUCCGUACCGAGCAGCAGCUGUUCAAGGGGAGGGUAAUGGUGACCAGCUCUGCUGCCUUACAGCAGUCUUCCCCUUGAUCAUGCUUGUGCUCCAUCUUUCCCCUUAGGCCUCCUGUUAACUUUUGUGUGGUGUUGACAAUUCCUGUAUAGUCUGUUGGCUGCUGACCCACACAGGCACAGCCUUUCAGGUUUCCAAGUGGAAAAAAAAUAUUGAAGAGUGUAGUAAAGUUGAACAUGCUUGCUGAUGACUCAACAGUGUACUCUGGCAACCAGGAGGGCCAGCCAUAUCCAUGGGGGGCAUCAGGCCAACUGGGUGAGGGAGGGGAUUGUGUCUCUCUGCUCUGCACUGGGGCAGCCUCAUCUUGAGUUUUAGGGGCAGUUUUGGUCACCACAGUAUAAAAAAGACAUUAAGCUAAUAGAGAAGUGUCCAAAGAAGGGCCACAAGGAUGGAGAAGGGUCUAGAGGGGAAGUUGUAUGAGGAGCUGCUGAGGGCACACUUGGUUUCAUCAGCCUGGAGAAGAGGAGACUAAGGGGAGAUCUCAAUGCAGUCUUCAACCUCCUCAUGACGGGAGGUUAGGGACAGGUCUGUACACUCUCAUUACCAGUGAGAGAGCUUGAGGAAACAGCAUGGAGCAGAGUCAGGGGAGGUUUAGCUUGGAUAUUAGGAAGUUUUUCACUCAGAGGGUGAUUUUAGAACUGGGAUGGGUUCCUCAGGGCAGUGAUCACAACACCAAGCCUGAAUUCAAAAAGCAUUUGGACAGUGCUCUCAGUCAUAGGAUGGGGUUCCCUGUGCAGGACCAGGAGCUGGAUUUGAUGAUCCUGAUGGGUCCCUUCCAACUCAUCGUGCUCUAUGAUUCCAUGAAAAUGUUAUUAGAAUGGUGAUGUCACUGAAACCAGAACUAAGCCUCGUAUCCAUAAAAUGAAAAAAAAUAUGACACCCACAGGAAGCACAAACAUUAAGCUGUCUUAACAGCGUUGACUGCCUGGGGAAGGUCUGCAGCCCAAGGAUAUGUAUCUGCUGAAUAAACCACUACCAGUAGUGUACUGUACCAGUUAGCUGCAGUCUAUCCACAAGGCAAGUGGAAAGCUGUAGACACUGGUAUGCAGAGUCUUGCAGCUACAGACAUUGUACCUGCUACAAAGCUGGAGAGAUGCGAAUUCUUUGUCACACCUCCCUUGUCGGUGGAAGACGCAUUAUGAAUCUACUGCAUGGGAUAUGGUCUCCGAAGACCUUUUAAGAGUUCCUUGGAUGCCAGAAAACUAUUUGUUACUUAAUGGUGUAGAGUCUUGCCGUGUGCAAUAUUCAGAAGAUGCAGCAUCUUCUGGUCUGGCUGUGAUUUCUGUGCACAAGUUACUUUGCCUCCAUGUCUCGGUAUUUUGUGCUCAAGUGUGAGCACUAUGCUGUAGCUUGGGUGAGGUUCUUGUAGUUGAGUGGGCCCUGUGGGGCUUCUUGACAAGGUGUGGGAUUACACUGCACUGAGCCCAUCAGUGAGGGUCUAGAGCCAAAGCUUCUGAAGAAGUGCUUGGCUCUGAGCUGAAGAUGGGGAAGGUGGGGUAGGGAAGAAGUUGUGGGUUGCUCACAAUGUGUUGGGGAGCCUGGGGUCUUUGUCCAAAAAGCAUUUCAGGAGGUCUAGAGCUAAGUGCUUCAGGGUUGAAAGUGAGGAAUAUCUGAGGCUUCUGUAUGGUUUUUAUUGAGGAGAGAACAUUUGCAACAUAUGCCACCCUGCAGGCAAGUGUUUUCUCCAUCGUGCUGUCUGGAAGGGUCACACAGCCCUUCAUGUGGUGUGCUUAGGAAGAGCUUUGGAGAAGGGUAAAGCUGUUCUAAAAAAUGCUUCCUUUAUUAAAGCACCAGUAAGUGCCUGAUGGUGGCAUUGAUUCUGUGUAUAAGAACAGCUAGCUCUCUGGCAUGCAGAGGAAGCAAUGAUAUAAAAUUUCAAUAGCCAAACCGAAUUUUAUUUCUAUAGCCUUUAUUUUAAAGAAAGCAAGCGAGCCAGGGCUGGGUGGCCGGGGAGUCACCGCUCCACUAACGGCACUCACCACUUACAAGUUCGGCAAAAUAUAUAUACUGCUUUAAAGCCUACAAAGCAUUUUCCAAUGUGCUUGGUUAGUCCAAAUGAGCAAAUAUCAAUAAGCUGGGAUCAGCAAUUUCAUAAUCUUUCCAGGUGGUCAUUGGCUUCCUGUCCUUCUUGUGGUCAUCUGGAGGGAGGCCUUACACCGGUGUCUGCUACAUGAUUUUGUCAAGUGCAUCAAGCUUUUUAUUAUAUGUAAGCAUUUAGUCGCUUUGUCACUAUCCCUUUGUUUUACCACAACUUCCUCUAUUUUAUUCUAAGCAUCAGUUGUCUGGCUACCUCAUCUCUUUACUCUACUAUACUUCUUCUAUUUCAAUGCUUUAUUUAGCUAUUCAGUCAGAAAGUUUCAAAACCGUUCUUUGUAGUUAUCGCAGGGAAUGUAUCCACUUUCGACACAACAAAUACAAGCAUUUGCUGAUUUUAUUGCCAAUUGACAUGAACCACAAAAACAUUUUUCACAAUGCCCAAGCCGAGGGUCAGUGGAAGGCCCUGUGUUGUGAAUGCACUCCACACCCGCUCCUUCUGGCACUGAGACAGCUCUGGAACGGAGGUGAUUUGCCUGCCACGUUGUGAGUGCACCCCAGCACAUCUACGGUGUGAUACAGCACGGCGCAGCUACCGAACCCUGGCCAUGCCCCUUCUCCUUUUCCUGCUGCCAGGCUCAUGAAGCCCCAACUUUACUGCCAGCAGGAUACAGCACUAGAAAAAAUUCCUUUGGAUAAUGGAGCAGUAGCAUCCAACUCCAGCUGUUUUUAGCUCCUAUGAGAAAGAGAUAUUGUGGGAGACGCAGCAUACUGGAAAAUGCAGAAAUCAAGUAUUUAAUAUGCUUUUCACAUACAGGGAAAAGAGGUAGAGAGGUGAGAAAGCUUGAGCUAACAAGGAUACAGUUGUAGACUUCUUCACUCAGAUCUUGGAGUUAUUUCAAGAGUCAGUAAAACAACUGAACGGCUUUGCUUGAAGGGGUGUCACUGAUAGGGGAGAUGCAUGCUAAUGUCUUUACAAACCAAUUUGAUGGGUCUUAACAUCUCUACUAACUUCAAGCAGGUUUGUUACCAAGCCCAGAUAGCCCAACUCCUGAAACAGACAAGCUGAGGACAAACCUGACUUCUGACCUUUGGGGUAAAAUGACAGGUUCUAGGUGGAAUAUGUGGUAAGGCGUUUGGGAAGGCUGUACCUUCCUAGUACCUCAGCCAAUGGGAAAAGGAAGAGGGCAACGUGCGGCUGGGAAUUUGGGAUAAAAGGAAGCUGCGUCCUCCGAAACCUCGAGAGAAAAAACGCCAUGGGCCUGUGUACCUGUGGACUCUCCCUUUAUUCAAAUAAAGUUGCAGGACUCUUCAGUCUCCUUUAUGGA